AUGUCGCGAGACGGUCUCCUCGACGCCCCCAUCGACGCAUCAUCGUCGUCCACCUUCCUCUCCCGCGUCGUCGCCGUCGUCUCGCCGUCUCGUCGCGGCCGUAACCGCCGCGUCGACGCUGAGGAAACGCAACGUUUGGGUGUUGAGCGAUCGAGCGAUGGAUCAUCUCUCGCCCGCGCGUACGGUGCGCACGACGAUCACUCGAGCGACGCCUCGGACGUCGAAGCAUUCGUCGAUGCGUUGGAGAGCGCGAGCGAUUCGGAACGCGUCGAUGGAUCGAGCGGACCGCGGGCGCGAUGGGCGAGCGCGCCGGGACGCGGGUUGCGGCUCGCGAGCGCCGUCGCGUUGAGCGUCGUCGUCGUGUGCGCGCUGUUGUUUCGGUUGCUCGGGAACGAUAGCGGCAAUCUUGGGAACGGUGAUGCUGCGAGCUCGGAGACGAUGACUUGGACACGGAGAGACGCGGGCGCGUCGCCGGCGUCGCCGGGAGGGUGGCGGUUGCCGGAGGGACGCAAACGCGGGAAACAGUGGCACGCGAGUAAAUACUCUUCCGAGAGUGGGUUCAAGAAACUGUCUUCAUCGCUCUCGGUGCUCGGGACUUUGUCGUUUGGGAGACGCAAAUCCGCGAGGAUGGGAUCUUUGGAAGACCGCCUGGCGAAGACUUGGGAUCCGACAAAGAUCAAGUUGCACGCCGGCGGUAGGCUUCCGGAUACGUUUGACGUGCGGGAGAAGUGGCCGAAGUGCGCGGCACUCGUGAGCGAGGCGGUCGAUCAGGGAGCGUGUGGAAGUUGUUGGGCCGUUGCGCCGGCAAAAGCGAUGACGGACCGACUGUGCAUCGCCACGAAUGGAGCUGUGAACACGCACGUGUCUGCGAUACAAUUGCUCUCGUGUAACUCGCACUCGAACAGCGCGUACACGUACGACGAGAAUCUGGCUGGUGGGUCGGGCGGGUGCAUGGGUGGGUACCCAACGGAAGCGUAUGAGACCGCGCACAGAGUUGGGGUGGUUUCCGGUGGCUUGAACGGCGAUCAAGACACGUGCAUGCCAUAUCCUUUCGCCCCGUGCCAUCAUCCGUGCGAGCCGAAUCACAAUGCGGUGUGUCCUCGUACGUGCCAGCGAUCGGCAACGCAAACAGCCAAUACAACUAGAUACGCCGUGGGCCAUCUCGUGCAGUGUGGCUUAAACGAUUACGAUUGCAUGGCGAGCGAGAUUUUUGAACGAGGACCGGUAACGACAUUUGUCGGCGACGUCUACGACGAAUUCUACCAGUACGAGAGAGGUGUGUACAAGCUUUCGAAGGAUCCGGCCGCGCGCGGCAAGAAUCACGGUGGUCACGUCAUGGAAGUCAUAGGAUGGGGGAAAUCCGCGGAGGGCGUUCGCUAUUGGAAGGUGUACAACUCUUGGUUGAACUGGGGAGAGCGCGGAUACGGCGAGAUAGCAGUCGGCGAAUUGUCAAUCGGCGACAACGUCGAGGCUCCCGUGAUGACUGGAGAACUCAUGCAUUCCGAUACUUCAUACGACAAUUUGUAA